AUAUGAAAAGUAAAGUCAUACUUUCGCUAAAGUAGUAAAAACAUAUAUUCGUGUUGAAAUCAGCGUCAAGAAUCCUUGUAAGGGGUUUUCUAGAUUCUCCAUUGCAAUCAAAGAAAUCGAAGAACUAAAAACGAAAGCGUUGUCUUAAAGAACAAUGCUCUAGAUAUGCGUCGUGUUUUUAUAUAUAGUAUAUUAUUUUUGUUUGGAUUUUUUACUGCACGACUAGCUUUAAUUGGGGAAUUGUAUAAUUGCUUAAAGUACAUAUUAACAUUGGAUAGCGAUCUCACGAGAUUCAUCCUCUACGUUUCGAUUUUCAGCUUUAUUGGUAUUCUUUUUUGGAUUCCUCUUAAUCGAAUUGCAGAAUUUGAAGCACGGAAUCCUUCUUUAGCUAGUGGUCGUAUCUCAGCUAGAGAACAGCUAUUGAGACGAGGAAGCUUUUAAACGAAACCCUAAGGAAGAUUUAGCAUAUAACAAAGCAUUUUUCUUUUGAAACACUUUUUUUUCUUCAAUCUGCAAGCCCAAACCUUACUCCUAGGCUGUAAAAUAACGUUAUUCACAGUUUCAUGAUGUCGAGGGUACAUACUCCCAUCUCCGUUUCUUCUACUCGGGAUAAUCCUGUUUUACGUGUGUAUUGGCCGAAAAAUCAAAUUCAACAUGUGGAGUCUGGAUACUUAGUGGGCUGGUCUUACUCGCCAUUUGAUCUUGUGAUCGUAACUAUUGCCAAAGACCCGACUCGACUAGAUGAUUUUUUUCAAACUAAGCAGUCUUUAUAUUAUGAAAUAAAGAGUUUGAAGAUUCUUGGUACACUCAAUUUACCUCACAGUUGCUAUGAACAUAAAUUCCAGGAUAACUGGCUUAAUAUCCGUUUACGAACUCAAUUCUCUCAUCCUCAAAUUUACAGAGUUAAUGAUACCGAUUUGUCCCUAAACUUACAUGUGAUCUAUUACGUCCCUCCUCAACCCAAGAAAAUGCAAAUUUUGUCUCUUGAACCUCUCUCCCUUCUUUUGUUAAAGAACUCUGUCUUUGAUCACUCAAGUCCUGAAUAUAAAAAGGAUCAGCACACAAAAGACUUACUACAAAAACUGGACUUACAUUUUCCACGUCGUCCUGAAAACACUUGGAAUAGAAGUCUUCGCAGUGAUUUGGUUGAACUAUUAAACCAGUCUUUUGAAGUCCAUGUAUUUAUGCGGCAGUAUCCAAACCGAAAAAAUAAUAUCUUAAUUCAAAGCUCAAAGCGUUAUUUCUUAUUCUUUCUAAAUCUUCUUCACCCUAUUGUCUUAUUUUUUCUAAUAUUUUUGAGAGUUUUAAAUGAGCUUAUUUUACACGUUAUUAAUUACCGAGUACAUCCUUCCCUUCCGAAUAUGAGAGAUAUAUUCGUUUCUGCCAGGCAGGUGGAUUUGCGUCUCCAGCAGGCAUGUUUUUGGCCUGUGCAAUAUAUGAAACUUUGGAUGCUUCGAAAAAGUAAGCAUGUUGUUAUGAGGGAUUAUAAAGAGUAUAUACGUCUGUACAAUAAUCUAUGGCUUGUCGCCAACGACAUAAUUUUCGGGAUUACCAUGUGUUCUUUUAUCUUAGAAAAUUUGCCUUUAGUUGUUAAUUUACUCGAUAAGGUUUUGUUUAAAUUUGCAAUUAAAGACGUUCGAGUUAUGGUAACCUGGUUAAUAGACACACCUGCCGGGUUAAAAUUGAAUAACGACAUUUGUAAAUUUAUUGUGAAGUUGUCCGUGUGGAUUAUUGAUGUUUGGUACACGGUACUGUUGUCUUUCAGGCAGUAUAUACCAUGGUUCGUUCGGACAAUUGCGUUCUCUGGCUUUUGUGGUGCAAGUUUAAUGAUAGCCUUGAUGUCUGAUUUUUUGACCAUCAUGACUAUCCAUCUAUAUGUCCUAUACUUGGCCUCUGCAUGUUUAUACAAUUGGCAAUUAAGAAUCAUAUACAGCUUAUUGCAACUAUUUCGAGGGAAAAAAAGGAAUGUUUUACGAAAUAGAAUUGAUUCCUAUGAGUACGAUUUAGAUCAACUGCUUUUGGGGACAAUUUUGUUUACGGUACUCAUAUUUUUCUUACCUACAAUAUACGUUUUCUACCUUGCAUUUGCUGUAACUCGCAUUACAGUCAUGACAUGCUUGGCAAUAUUUGAAACGAUACUUGCUUUCUUAAAUCACUUUCCCUUGUUUGUUACAAUGCUUCGAAUCAAAGAUCCAUACCGAAUUCCUAGUGGACUGAGUUUAGAAAUUGUAAACUCGGAAUCUUCGAAAGAAAACACUAUGCCUACGUUAUAUCUGUUCUGUAAAUCCAAACCCAUGUCUUUUGGGUCUAUGUUUGACCACUACCGAAAAUUAGCUAGAAGACUUAUUUCACACUACCUUUCGAAAAAAAGUUUAGUCAGUUUAUUGGUUGGUUGUCCUAUUCCGCCCAUCCCAGCUGAGCAAUUGUACAAUAUUCAAUAUGCAAUGCUUCCUCAUCCACGCGUCUCAACAAAAAAGUUAUGGAACCUAUUUUUCGAAAGUAAAUAAAGCUCUUGAUAAUACGAACACAUCAUACCUUGAGCCUUCACGCUUACAUACAUUGAACAUUUGGGUAAUCUAGAAGCUAGGCAUAUAUUCAUUAAAGCCGGAUGAUAGAUUUGACUUUAUUCAAGAACCAUUAGAUAAGAAAAAUUAAAUCAUUGGUAGAAGUAUUUUAACAUGCUAAAGGGAAGAAAGAGUAACAUGUCAGCUUUUCUUCAAUCGGCGAAAGACUGAGGAGAACGCAAUUAUUUACUUCCACGCUUGACUGGUCCCUUGCCUUUGCGCGUUUUUCUAUAAUUUUGUUAGUUUUGAUUAAGUAUUCCAGAAACUGUACUUACUCUUCAAGAAUUUCCAUUCUCAGGCUGUGUUCACUGUUUGGUAUAGGCAAUCCAGUAAUCUCUCUCAUCCUCGAGAAAGGAACCUUUGUAGGAUAAUAGCUUGCUAGACGAGGACCUUGUAAUUUUCUUUGAAGAAAUUUAUUUCCUGUCCGAGAGUUAUUUGACUUAUAAUUCGUUUGGAAAAUAUUUGCAGAGACCUGCUUUAUUUCCUCAAGAAUUUCUCUUUUAACCAUUUUGAAUUGUAAUAAAAAAAUAAAAAAUAGAAAAAAAU